UCUCUGCUUUCCCGCCUCGUGUCUUGCGUCGCGCGCGUGGAGGAAUCACAUGGAGUCACAACAUUUAGAAAAUCUCCGUCGUGAAACAUGAACUCGGGGCACGAAUGCUUAGGAGGGAAUUGCAUCAAAAGCCCUCCCAAACCAACGCGGGUAUUAACGUUAGAAUCCGGCCUCAUUUUCCCGCCACAAAUUGGGACGUCAAAUAGUCUACAAGAGACAAGGUUUUCCCUACCGAAUCUUGCCGUCGAGGUAGUAGAUGGUCAGAAACAGCAAGAAAAUGAGAUAUCAGAACUCCAAACUCUGCUAAACAAACUCAAGAACGAGCUUUUGCAAGGAAAGAAAAAGGUUGAAUCUACAAAAGCCGAAAUCACAAGCAUUGACAAAAAGAUCUGCGUGACACAGGAGGAAAUUGCGCAAACAACACUGACGUGCCAAGAGGCGACCGAAGAUCUUGAAGGCAUGAUUGCAAAAGGAAUCCUACUAUCAAAUGAGCUAGAAGAUGCUAAAAGAAGCCUUGACCUGGGAAACAGGUCAUAUGAAAGGUAUGUGGAAAAGAUGGCAUAUUAUUGUGAGCUUGUGAGUCAACUUGACGAAAAGACAGGAAGCCAACAGAAGAUCUCUGUGCUAAUUACCACCAUAAAAGAGCUAAAAAACAAAGUACAUUGUCUGGAGUAUGGUGAAGAUGAGGGGCUAGGUGUCGGAGAAGAGUUUAAAAUCCUUCAGGCUGAGAACAAGCAUCUUGAACAGCAGCUUGAGGAAAAAACAAGUCACAUUGACAAGUGCAAAGGAAAGAUGGAACUUGAAAGAGAAAAGCAGCAAAAGCUUAAACGUGAAUCUCAGCUUUUAAACAAGCGCAACCACGCCCAGAUGACUCGCCUAAAGCGGCAGUUACAAGAGGCCAACAGCAGAAGCCGACACUGGGCAGACGAGGCUUGUAAGCUAGAAAUGAACAUCGCACAACUGCGCAGGAAACUAGAGGAGUGAGGUCGACGAUAGUGGAGGAUUAAAGAAGAUCCAGCCUCUCCCUUCCCCUUCGGACUGAAAUGUUAAGUUAUGGGAGCCACAUCCCCCCGCCAUUUUGAGACCAUACUUCCGCCUCUUGACGACCCAGAAGCGGCGACAUGUAAAACAAUUGUCUCAAUUUAUUAAACCUUUUUUCUUGCAAAAAG